AUGAGUAUGCCUGAAAGGCAGUCCAAUGCUCCAAAACUUGCAGCUCUCGUUAACGAACGUUACAAAGGGCCUCUUGAAGUAAACCAUGAAGGCAACACAACAAAAGUUUUGGGAUUACAGUGGCUUAAAGAUAGUGAGAAAAUUGGGUUUAAUUUUGAGGAGAUAAAACCGAAAUUUCAUGCGAAGCCCGAUACAACUGACGCCUCUAAAGCAGCAUACGGAUGUUGUGUUUAUAUUCGAUUUGAAAAAGAAUCAGGUAAGAUUAAAACUGAUUUGGUACCGAGUAAAUCGCGUGUUGCUCCAACUAAGUCACAAACCAUACCUCGCUUAGAAUUAUUGGGGGCUUUAAUGUUAGCAAGACUGUUGGAUACAGUCUCCCGUGUUUUAAACAAUGCUUAUCCAAUCGAACAUAUAUUUGCAUGGAUUGAUUCUAGUGUUGUGUAUUCUUGGAUUAAAAACAGUGAUAAAAUUUAUAAACCUUUUAUACAAAAUAGAUUGACUGAGAUAAGAUUAUUAUAUGUAAAUUGCUUAAAAUUAGAUGGCACUAAUGAUAAUCCCGCCGAUAUUAGUUCCAGAGGUUCUUCGCCAUUAAAGCUCCCCACUGGGAGUCUCUGGUUUGAGGGUCCAGGUUUUCUAACUUUACCAGAAUACGAGUGGCCGCGUCUGCAAGUUGGAGACAAGUUCUUGCCGGAGUCUUCAUGUGAAGAGAAAAUUUUAUUGAAUGUUAAAUCAGAGCUCACGUGUUUAAAAAGUGACUCUGAUUGCAAGGUCCAGAAUAACAAGAAUUUUGAAGUGGAAAAAGUAAAACUUCUGCGAUGUAAAGGCCGUGUACAAAAUUCACCUUUACCAUACGACACUCGGCAUCCAGUGUUUUUACCUACACAAUGUGAGCUUUUGCCUCUUGUUUCGGAUUUACAUCGUGCUGUUGGUCAUAACAGACCACGUGACACUCUUUGUCACGUGCGAAAACAAUUUUGGAUACCGCGUCUCAGACAAGUUGUUAGAAAUUUAUUACGUAACUGCACAUUGUGUAAAAGAUACGAAAGUAAAGCGUUUACUUACCCAAGUACUUCGGCGUUACCUGAUUUUCGUUUGUCGUUGAACUUUGACUUCACAAAGAUUGGAAUCGAUUAUGCAACGUGGAUUUGUUUGGUUACUUGUGCUAGCGGUAGAGCUGUUUAUUUGGAUAUUAGUACUUAUUUGUCGGCUUCAGCUUGUGUUAAUGUUUUAAAACGUUUUGAAAAUAAAAAUGGAGCUCCGAAAGUUAUCAACUCAGACAAUGGUUCUAACUUUAUUAGUAAAGAAGUUCAACAUUUUGCAUAUCACAUGGCAUUAAGUGGUGUUUUAAUAUUGAAGCUGCGGCCUGGCAGGGUGGAUAUUUCGAAGGUUGAUUAUGAAGAGAUGUUGACUAUUUUGUCAGCAAUUGAACGCAUACUUAAUAACCGUCCUUUGACAGCAAAAUGGAAAAUAGGUCGGGUAACGGAAUUGUUGAAAAGCAAGGACGCUCGUAUACGAAAGGUAUUAGUCGCAACUAACAACAAUCGUAAAACGCUAAUUACACGCAUUUUGAACAAAUUUUAUCCCGUUAAACAGUCUGACUACGAGAAUGACAAGGAAGAUAACGACGAAAUUAAAAUUGACUUUAUAAACGAAGAUGACAUCAUCGUUUUUGGUGGGGAGUGUUCAUUAUUUAUGUAUUUUUAA